AUGGGAAAUAAAUGCUGCAAAAGCGAAAAAAUAAAAGAGAAGCCAGAGAACCCUUCUCUGAAAUUAAUCAGGGAAGCGCAGCUAAAAUAUUACAACAGCCACAUCGAGAGUGACAGCGAUGAAGACGACGACAAAGACGAGAGCACAGAUGAAGGACUAUCUGGUUCCGAGGGCAGUCAGCAAUCACUUGACAACGCUGCUAUGGAAACCUCCCUGAUGGCUGACUGCGAAAGUGCUCUGCAGUCAACAUUUGAUAUCAAUGUAGAGGACAUGUCGUCGUGUGUAUUAAGAAGUUAUAGAAUCAAUAAUAAUGAUAACAUAGAAAGCCAAUUGGAUGGUGAUGCAAUAACUUCAUGCAGUACUGGAGAUGGAGCCGGUUCAAAACCGGCGGGAGAUAAGGGCAAACACUACGUAAAAAGACGCCACAAUGCUAAGUACAUUCGACUGAGCAACAGUAGAGAUUUUUACUCCAUCUUCAACACGGAAGAUAAGAAAGCCAGGUCGGUGGAUCCCAAGAUGUACCAGUACCCCUUUGAAAACAUCGUAUUUGAAGGCGGGGGAAACAAGGGAUUAGCUUACUGUGGUGCGGUCAAG